AACUUUUCAACAAGUUACAAAACAUGUAAGAUAAUAUAUGAUUCACUCUUGGAGAAGUACAUGCAUUGUUAAAAAUAUAGGAGGUGAACAUGAAUGAUCAAGUGAUUUUAGCUCUGUUUCUAGUUCUUGGUUCAGUGGCUGCUCAAUGGUCAUUGCCACCAUCUACAAGUAGUGUUGCAACAGGCCAACCAACUCAACAAUCCUCAAACAAUUAUGCCUAUAAUAAUGGAUUUUCCUUUCUGGCUGUGGAUGGAAAUGAAGACACUAAUUUUUACCAUGGAUCAUGUACACAAACACGAGCACAAAGAAAUCCAUGGUGGAUGGUGGAUCUGCGACAAGCAUAUACAAUAUACUCUGUCAAACUGGUGUCAACAGUAUUUCCUCGCAACACUCUGGAGAAUUUUAGAAUAGAGGCAAGCAAUGAUACAUUGACAUGGGACUCAUGUCGUUCCCACUCAGGACGCAUGGUCAGUACCUGGCAACUGUUCUACUGCACAAGGAACUUGAUUGGUCGCUACGUCAGGAUCCAACGACAGGACUAUAACCAAUUAACAUUGUGUGAAGUUGCAGUCAAUGUUCAAACAUAAAUCAAAAUCACUUUAUUUUUUUAAAGAAUGUACUUCUAAUCAUAUUUAGUACAGUAAAUGAGGUUGGAUCAAUUUAUAUUUUUGGCUCUCUCUGUAAUAUUACAUACAUGUAUUGAUU